AUGGCAUAUAAAUACGACAAUGACGCUAACAGCAACUACAUGGUGGAAUACGCUGAGACUCACAGUGUGGAUAUGAAACACGCAGAGGUCGAGGUCAAGAUCAUCAGGGGAAAUGAAGCAUUCAAUGAGGCCAUGAUGAAGGAGCCUCCGAGGCCAUUCACUUGGGCAACAAUACAGCUCUACGCGGCUUGUUUCAUUGGAUUCUUUUGCGCCACCAUGAACGGGUACGAUGGGUCCUUGAUAAACAAUCUUCUAGCGAAUGAGCAGUUCAUCGCCUACUAUCACGGCUCCAACGAUGGAAUCUGGGCUGGUAUUGUCACGGCAAUGUAUCAGAUAGGGGGUGUUGUGUCCUUACCGUUUAUUGGGCCCUCAUCAGAUACGUACGGUCGAAGGUUUGGAAUGUGGAUUGGCUGCUUGUUGAUUAUUGUUGGGACGCUCAUCCAAGGGACAGCAGGACCAGAUCAUGGUGUCAAUCAAUUCAUGGGAGGCCGCUUCGUGUUGGGCUUUGGAGUCAGUGUUGCGAGUGCAGCUGGUCCGAUGUAUGUGGUUGAGGUGUCGCACCCAGCAUAUCGGGGAAUCGUAACGGCUAUCUUCAACUGUUUCUGGUUUACCGGAUCGAUCAUCGCAAGUGGAGUGGCACGGGGAGGAACCGACCUGCCAGGAAAUGUCGGCUGGAGACUCAUCAUCUGGUUCCAACUCAUGUUCGCGGUUGUCAUCUUCGUCGCAGCCUACUUUCUGCCGGAGUCUCCUCGCUGGCUAUACGUCAACAACAAGCAAGAGCAGUCUAAGGCUAUGCUUACCAAAUACCAUGGUGAUGGAGACCCUGACAGCGAGUGGGUCAAGUUACAACUGAACGAGUACGAAGAGCUGCUGGAGAUGGAUGGCGCGGACAAGCGGUGGUGGGACUACAGAGCGCUAUUCAGGAACCGUUCUACGCGCUAUCGUCUCGUUUGCAACGUCUGUGUUUCGAUCUUUGGACAAUGGGCGGGUAAUUCCGUUCUCUCUUACUUCAUGAGCAAAAUGCUCGACACUAUUGGCCUCACGGGCGCAAUCUCGCAAGCCAACAUCAUCCUCAUCAACAAUUGUCAACAAUUCUGCUGGGCUCUUGUGGGUGCAAACCUGGUCGACCGAGUCGGUCGUCGCCCUCUCCUUCUCUUCUCGAACGCCGGCUGUUGUCUAGUGUGGCUUGCAAUGACCAUCUCCACCGCCGUCUACCAAAACUCGAUUCCUCCAGCUACAGACCUCGACCCGGACCCAACAGGGACAAACGCAAUCGCUGGAACAACGUGUCUCGUGUUCAUAUUUAUCUUCGGCGCCGUGUAUUCUGUUGGCUUCACGCCACUGCAGGCACUUUACCCGGUCGAGGUUCUGUCAUUCGAGAUGCGCGCGAAGGGGAUGGGAUUCUCUGGGUUUGCGAUUGCUGCUGCGCAAAUGGUGAACCAAUUCGCCUGGCCCGUCUCCAUGAAGAAUAUCGGAUGGCACACAUAUAUCAUUUUCACGAUAUGGUGCGGGAUACAGUCGGCCGUCGUCUACUGCUUCAUACCUGAAACGAAGAAUCGGACACUCGAAGAACUGGACGAGAUUUUCGAGUCGCACAACCCGGUCAAGACAUCCAUGGCGAGGAAACGCCUUGGCCUCGAUGCAUACGGCGACGUUGUCAAUAUUGCGGAUAUGUAA